CAAUGGUGACCUAAGACCUCUCGCAGCCGUACGGUUGUAAACCCCAAUCUCGAGCUGUCAAAACCCUGGCGUCAGAUUCCGGAGAUGAGAUGAGGCGAUAGAUCAGCAUUUGAUCAAAUGGGCUUCGAUCUCCUCACAGAGAACUUGUUCGCCGGCCACGCCGCGGCGGCGGCCGGCUCUGUCGCCGGUGCCGCGUUCCUCACCCAUCCCCUCGACACCCUCAAAACCCUUCUCCAGGUUGGUGCGGGGUCAAGCCAACGGGUGGGUCUUUGGCAGGUGGUCGAGAGGGUUCGGAUGGUUUCAGGAUUGUCAGGUUUUUACAGUGGCCUUGGAUGGUCGGUACUUGGUAAGCUUUUUGGUUUCGGAUCACGUUUUGGAACCUAUGAGAUCUUAACUGCUUACUACAAAGAUGGAAGAACAUACAACUAUGUGCAUGUUUCUGAGGCUUUUUUGGCAGGCAUGGCAGCAGGUGCCAUGGAAGCUGUUAUUUGUACCCCAUUUGAACUUCUUAAAAUUCGCAGACAGGUCUCCUCUGCUAAUCACCUUAAGAAAUUUGGUUCUGUUGGGGUUAUGCAAGAAUCAACUCCACUUAUUUCAAAGUUACUACCUGGUUCCACUCCUAAUAUGAAGGCAUGGAAUAAUACUCUUGGUAUGUUGUCUACUCUUUCGACCAGUCAUAUCGACAUUGUUGGUGUGCUGAAGCAGUAUCCGUGGAUGCUGACUGGUUCUGGGAGUCCUCCAUUUGCUUCUGAGGUCAAAGAACCUUCUAAAAUUGUAUCAUUGGAGGGAUGGAGUGCUUUAUGGAGAGGACUUCGACCUGGAAUAGCUCAAAAAUGUGUUUUUGGUGGUUUUUUCUUUUCUACCUGGCAAUUCUUUCACAUAGCAAUGCUUGACUGGAAAGCUCUCGAUUUGAAUCCACCACCCAGGUCGAUAGAUGAUGUUGGCCCUGUCUCCCCUCUGGCUUCAAGUCUUGCUGCUGGGUUUUCUGGAAUGGUAGCUGCUGCUGCUUCUCACCCGUUUGACACUGCCAAAACUCGGUCACAUUGUAUUGUUACACCCAAGUAUAUUGCCAUGGAAAGGAAACUUUUGAGAUGGGAACGCCCUGGAAUCUGGCUAGAGAGAGUUACAGGGAUGUCUCCGGCAGACAGGAAUAUCAUGUUUCGUGGACUCAAGUUGCGGAUGUUAUGCAGUGGAAUUGCCUCCUUUGCACUCGUUGGAAGCUACCUAUUGACUGUGGAUUAUUUGUUUUAGGCUGAACCACAUUGACUGAAGCUUUUAUUACCUUGAGGACAUUCAACAACAACGUCCACACUAGGUAACUUUUCGUGUAGUCUCUUUGAUCUAUCAUCAUAAUUUCCUGUUGCAUGUCUUCUAAACAGACCUUUUAUUUCUGCACUACCAGUAGAGUGAUCAGGUUAGCUGCAAGCAUACGGAAAGAUGACGCGAGAUAGCAGCUAAAUCUGAUUUAAUAGCUUGAACUUCAAAAAACUUGCAGUCUAAAAUUGUAUUUGAAAUGAAUUUGAUUAUUCAUGUGAAGCUGAUUGUUAAAGUGCGGGUAUUACUUAGUUUAAAGUCGGAAGUCUCACAGUUAAUCAUGCUUCCUAAUUUAUCUAUUUGGGUAAUGGACAGAAUGACUUGUUUGAAUA